AUGGGUAUGGGAACAAGCACCUUUGUCAUCAGAUGGAUCAACUUUCUCACCAUGCUCUUAGCAAUUGCUGUGGUAGGUUUCGGAGUAUGGAUGAGCACUCAUCAUGAUGGCUGUCGGAAAUCGCUCACAAUCCCUGUUUUAGCAAUUGGUGCUGUCAUCUUUUUAGUAUCUAUAAUCGGGUUCUUGGGUGCGCUGAAAAGAAGCUCCAUACUGUUGUGGAUUUAUUUGAUUCUCCUGUGCUUUAUAUUGGUGGGCAUCCUGGUGUUCACCGUAUUAGCGUUCAUUGUCACAAAUAAUGGUUCUGGUCAUAGUGUUGCAGACUUGAGGUUCAAGGAGUAUCGACUCAAGGAUUACAGUUCAUGGUUCCUAAAAGAAUUGAACAAUACCCAUAACUGGAAGCACUUAAAAAGUUGUCUUGUGAAAUCAGAUGAUUGCAAUAACCUCUCAAAGAAGUAUAAGACUCUCAAGAAAUUCAAAUUGGCAAAGCUGACCCCUGUUGAGGCUGGUUGCUGUCGACCUCCAUCUGAAUGCGGUUAUCCAGCUGUUAAUGCCUCGUACUAUGACUUGAGCUUUCAUCCAGUUAGUUCAAACAAGGACUGCAAACUUUACAAAAAUGCUCGGGACACCAAGUGCUAUAAUUGUGAUUCCUGCAAGGCUGGAGUUGCACAAUACAUGAAAACUGAGUGGAGAGUGGUUGCAAUUUUCAACGUUGCUCUCUUUGUUGUUUUGGUAAGGCGUUCUCUCUCAUCUACUCAAUAUAAUUGUUGA